GAUGUCGUUGGAUUUUCUACAGAACCGAACAAGACACAUUUCUGUCUUAGAUAACUCAUCCUUUCUCUUCCCUUUCUUCUUCUUCUUCUUCUUCUCUCUGUUCUCCACAUUUCACGUAUACUUUCAGAAUUUUUUUUGGAUUUACUUUGGACAGAAAAGCUACUAAAUAGUGAAAAUACGGCGAAAAAUAAGCUUUACUUUGCAUGCUUUCAUGUGGGUAAAGGUUUGAAUUUGCUGUCAUCGUUGAUUGGCGCUUUCUAGAAACUUGUAGAAACGAAAAAACUUAGCUGCGGUUUUCAUUUUUUCUUGAUCUGCUGAUUGGUUUGGAUGGAGCGAAAUUCCUUGCUUUGAAUAAUACAUACAGAACAAGGAGAAAGGGCAGUCUGAGUUUAAUUUUGUGGCCGGAGUUGUAUUUAUGUCGAAUUAAUUUAUGUGGGUGUUUUUUUGUUUUCGAUAAAUUUUCAGAGAAUUAUUGAAAAUGGGGUCGUUAGGAAUGUCGAUUGAUGAGAUUGUGCAAGAAAUUAUGAGAAUUCAUGGAUCUCUACCGACAAGACCAUCGAUUGAUGAGGUUGAAGCAGCAAGAGCUUUAAUUGGAAAUCUGGAGAAAGAAGAUCAGUUGAAAAUAGAAGCUAUCAUGAGGCAAAAUAAAAGGAAAGGUGUUCCAGAAGAGCUAUUCAAAAUUUUGCAAGAGAUGCAGAGGAACGCUCUUCUUUUUCAGAGUAAAGAACAAAAGAGGGAGGCCUUGAAACUUUUAGAUCUCGAGAAUAUUCACAGUGUGUUCGACGAUUUGAUUCAGAGAGCUACCAAAUGUUUGCCUUCUAAAUCUCAUGAUAAUGACCCGUCUUCUUCUUCUUCUUCAAUUGAACCUAAUGAUUUGUCUUUGGCAAACCAAGUUUCCUUCUCCGGCAACAGCAACAGACGCCUUGAAUCUCCGGCAACCACAACUGCAGCUGCUUCUUCGUCGAGUUUUUAUAACUCAAAAGACUCUAUUAAAGCGUCCGAACUGUAUAGUAGAGACGACAGUUACUUGAAUAAGGCAAAAGCCACGUUUCUUGUGGAUGGAAUUGGUGUUGGACUUCGAUCUGGGGAUGCUUCAUCAGGGCCUAAGAUUGUUGAUUCCACCUUAAAGCCGUCGGCGAUAAGUGGUCAAGAUGGUGAGAAAUUAAGUUUGAUUAAGCUUGCUAGUAUGAUUGAAGUGUCAUCCAAAAAAGGAAGUAGAGAGCUUAUGCUACGGAAUAAGUUAUCUGAUCAAGUAGAAUGGCUUCCAGAUUCUAUAGGGAAGCUAUCGAGUUUGAUCACUUUGGAUCUGUCUGAGAAUCGCAUUACGGUCCUACCCACCACCAUAGGGGGGCUUUUAUCAUUGCAAAAGCUAGAUUUGCACUCAAACAAAAUUGUUGAACUGCCUGAUUGUAUUGGAGAUCUUCUUAACUUGGUGUAUCUUGAUCUCAGUGGAAAUAACUUGAAGUUGUUGCCCGCGAGUUUUGCUAGGUUAGCUCACCUUCAAGAACUUGAUUUGAGCUCUAACAUGCUAUCAGUACUCCCUGAGACAAUUGGCUCCUUAGUAAGUCUUAAGAAAUUGAUUGUGGAAACUAAUGACCUUGAGGAACUUCCUCACACUAUUGGUCAAUGUACUUCGCUCAAAGAGCUUCGUGUGGACUACAAUCAUCUUAAAGCACUUCCUGAAGCAGUGGGACGACUUGAGUCGUUGGAGAUUCUGACUGCGCGGUACAAUAACAUCAGACUGUUGCCUACAACUAUGUCAUCCCUUACAAGUUUGAAAGAGCUGAAUGUUAGUUUCAAUGAAAUCGAAUCAGUGCCUGAGAGCUUGUGUUUUGCUACUUCACUGGUAAAGCUGAACAUAAGCAACAAUUUUGCAGACCUGAGAUCACUACCAAGGUCCAUUGGUAACCUUGAGUUGCUCGAAGAAUUGGACAUGAGUAACAACCAGAUACGCGUUCUUCCAGAUUCUUUUAGGAUGCUCUCAAGUUUGCGGGUCCUUAAAACUGAUGGAAAUCCUUUGGAAGUUCCACCAGGAAGCGUCCUUGAGAAGGGAGCACAGGUUGUUGUACAAUAUAUGUCUGAUCUGGUUGCUAAUAGAGAUGUAAAGACGCAACCCGCAAAGAAGAAGAAGAAAUCAUGGACUCAUAUAUGCUGUUUUUCAAGUUCCAACAAACGCCAGCGCAAUGGCAGUAUGGACUAUGUUAAUGCAUGAUGUGUUCCAGUUCCUCAUAAAUCUGGGAAAUGAGCUGUGAUUUGGCUGGACGAAAGCUGCAAAAAUUUCAGUUGAAUUCAAAUAUUUUUGCCAGCGAGAUUCAAUCAACUUUCUUGUUGUUCCAGAUCACUGCCACGUGGUUUUUUUAAAUUCUCAUUUCAUUGUGAUAAUUCUUUUAAUGCUCUUUCCUGUAUUUUCCUCGAUUAUGUAAAAAUAUGAAAUGAGAUGUAAAAUCUUAUCUUAUUUUUUGACUUUCAAUAUAUUCAAUGGAUUUCUGAUUUGUUGAAUAAAUUGCAAAAGUCAGCCUGAAUUAA